UUAUUCCACACAGCCAUCAAUAACUACGCAAACUUUGAAGAGACUACGUAGCUCAAAAUUUUACCAUAAAAUUCGGUUCCGUAAAACGCGAUUAUCGCGUACUUAAAUAUAUGGUUACAUACUUCAAAUCUGAGUAAUGUGGAAACCCUUAGAUCUCAAACAUUUUAUGUUACAAAAUAUACAGAAAAGUGUUAUUUGUGGUAUCUCAAGCAUGUUAUUUUUCAGCAACAACAUUUAACAAACCCUGGUCAAUAACUGUAAAAAUAGUAUCGAGCUUGUCUUGAUGUAACUCAAAAUGAUUCAAAUCUUUCAGCCAUCAUUCAAGCUUGUUUUGCACCUUAUAUUCGCGGACCACCCAAUUUUUAACUUGAACAAUCAAAAAAAUUAAAAACGGCCUGCGUUUCCAGACUAUUCUUUCUAUGACUAUGAGAAAAACAUGUCAUCAACUAAUAAGCGACAAAGGCCCGCAACUUCUUGAAGGACAACAGUCCAUCAAUAAAACAGCGUUGGUGUUUGGAAUAUCGAGAGCCUAUUUAGCAAAAGUGAUUAAAAAGGUUGGCAAUACUGAGGAUCAGUAUGUGCAUUGCCCAAAUAUAGGUAACAGGCGCAUUUUUUCUAAACAUCAAGAGGAUUUAUUAGUUUCGUAUCUUAAAACUGCAUCUAAAAUGUGUCACGGUUUGACAAAAAAACAAACAAGGGAACUAACUUUUCAGUAUGCAGAGGUGAAUAAUAUUUGUCCUGAAAGAUGGAAGGGUGAUAAAAUAGCAUCUGUGUUUCUGAUGUUUUUGUAGUUUUUGGUUUUGUAGUUUUUGAUUUUGAAUAAUUUGGAAAACUAUUAUUAAA